AUGAUGCGUCGAUUGCCAACAUGGAUGUACCCAUAUCCUGAUAUCCUUCCACAACAAAGAUCUCGAACUUUACAUGCUGCUCAUUCUUAUACUCGAAAGUUUUGUGGUUGUAUGUCACUAAGAGGUGGUUGUACUGUAGCUUGUUUUAUUUGGAUAGGUCUAAACCUGUAUGGAUCCAUUCUAGCUUUUCAAGGUCAAAGUCAUCGUACAGCUUUAUUAAUACAAGGAGCUAUUUGUCUGAUAUUUGUCCUAGUGGCUCUUUUUGCUCUUUUUGCUGUAUUUGUGAACAUGCCUGGUACACUUAGUUUUGCACAUCGGUCUAUAUGGAUGGUGGUGAUUGUAUUUUUAAUUGAUUUCUUUGUCUGUCUCGUUCUUUUUGGUGUACAACAACCUCAAUUUCAAGAUUGGUGUAUUAAUAAAUCAAGAAGUGUUGUUCGUUCUGAAUUAUCAUCUGGUAAUGGUACGACAAUUCAACUUACAUUCUCCCCACAUAUACCUGGAUCUGAUCUUUAUAAUUGUACUCGAUUAUGGCAAGAUGAAGUCAAAUUCGCUGUGGUUACCUUUGUUAUGAUUGCUGUGUGUUAUGUAUAUUGGGCUACUUGUUUAUGGUCUUAUGAACAAAAAGUCUUGGUUUUGUUUAGUUCUGAAUUACAACAAGGUGCAAUCGAGGAUUCAGCAAGAAUGGCCAAUUUUAAUAGUAUGACCGGAAUGAUGAACAUGCCACCAAGUAACAAAGCACAACCUCCAUCCGUGCACUCUGACAAUGGUCAACAAACUCUAGCUCAAAUCACUACCAAUGCAUUAUCAUCUCUUUUUUCAAAAUUUAGAUCAUGA